GUUGGUCUUUCCAUAUACCCCGUGAUACCCAAAACAACAUAACAAAGUGGGGGAAACAUGGCGAGCGAAGAGGAGGCAAGAAGACGCCCCUCCGUUACCUCGUCUUCGGUCGGCCUCGAGUCUCUGUUCCCUGCAGGGACGUCGGAGCAGGCCUGCGGGGACGCAAACCCGGAUCUCGUUCGCCUGCGGGAGCGGCUUCAGGGUUGGCUAUCGCAGUAUGAGCCCCUACUUCUGUGGGUGCAGAGGCUGCUGGUCUGGGAGAGGCCGUUGUACAGCAUCACUGUCGCUCUGACACUCAACACAUUAUUCUGGCUCCUGUCAUCAACUUCCCUGCGGCCUCUGUUCCUGUUGAGUGUGUCCCUGCUGGGACUAAUGCUACUGGAGAGAUGGAAGUCCAAGUUGCCCAUCAUUACUGUUCAACACGCAGAGGCUCAAACUGUACAAAGUGAAACAAUGAGCGGGGAGCAGCGUCUGCUCAGUAUUCCUGAGCUCAGCCACCACCUUGCGGAGAGCUACCUGACCUGCUGCCUGUACCUGCAGGAGAUGCUGCAGUACAAAAGACAGAACCAUGGCAAGUUCUGUGUGAUGAUGUGCAGUGGCUGUUUUGUACUUGCCAUGGUUGGACAUUAUGUACCAGGAAUCAUGAUCUCUUAUAUUAUAGUCCUGAGCGUGCUGUUGUGGCCGUUAGUGGUGUACCACGAACUGAUCCAGAGGAUGUACACAGGCUUGGAGCCAAUCCUGAUGAAACUGGACUACAGCAUGAAAGGAGAUACAGAGCACCGCAAGCACGACAAAAGGAAGGUGAAGAAGGAGGUGGAGGAAGGGGACGAGCCAAGAGCUGAAACAGAGAGUGACAGUGAGGAAGAGCUGUCUUGUUUCGCCCCGACGGUGGAUGUGAAGACCACAGCCCUGGCGAUGGCCAUCACAGACUCAGAGUUGUCGGAUGAGGAGGCAUCCAUCUUGGAGAGUGGUGGGUUCUCCGUGUCCAGAGCCACCACUCCUCAACUCACUGACGUCUCUGAAGACCUAGACCAGCAGAGUUUACACAGCGACCCAGAGGAGUCCUACCUGCGGGAUCUCCCUGAGUUCCCCUCAGUUGAGGAGUUUCCAUCCAUUGAGCACAACCUGCUCCACUUCCCUCUGCGAGGCCCCGGCCAGGGUGACGGAGCCCGGGCUGGUGCUCAAUCAGAGGGGGAACCAUUGAGCCCCGCCAGCCUCCUUAUCCAGCACCUAGCCUCUCCGCUCCACUUCGUGAACACACACUUCAACGGACAUGGACGACCACCUGGGGGGGAGGAGGGCUUGUUGCCUGCGGCAGGCACAGGGGAGGAAGGGGGGCAGCAGGAGGCAGAGGAGAAGGAAGCUGCAGUGACCCAGGGUGCACAGCGGUCCUUGGAGGCCUUGAGCAAGGAGAUAGUGAGCACAGCCAUCUCCACUGUGGUGCAGAACACUCUGUCAGCCCUGCUGCGCUCCAGUGAGGCCAGCGAGGAGCCCGCCCUGGCUGAGUUUCUUCCCACUGAAAUCCCACUGGGUGCCCUAGAGACCUCCGCCCAACCCACCGACACCACUGCUAACACUACAAUUUCUACAACAGGGGCGCUGGGGACUGAUGAGGACCCGGAUAAGGUGAUGGCGACAGAAAGCGGCGCCAGCGAGGAGAUGCCUGAUGACACACUAGUACCGACCGAGGAAGAGGACUUUGAGCUUCUGGACCAAAGUGAACUGGAGCAGUUGGAUGAGGGGCUGGACCUCAGCUCUGACAGACAGGUGGUGGGAGGAGCUCCAGAGACACCUUCAUCUCCCCAGCAUCAACCACAGUCAUAGCUUCCCGGUUACCUCCCCCUACCCCCACCUCCAAAUGUUAUGUUUUUAUUUGUACGUUAGAGCUAAAUUAUAUCCCUACAUACUGCUAUAUACAAAACAUUUAUCAAAGAGUUUGGCGUUUAAUACCGUUGGUUGGUGUGUUGGUUGUGUGGCAGAUUGGUGAGAUUACUCGGUGCGCUCUGCUUUCGUAGCCUGUCAUUACAGGAGGUCUGUUCAGCCUCGUCAUAUUAUCGGGAUCAUCAGCUACUAUCAAGUGGCAUUUAUUCAUAAUGACACAGCUUUGACCUGUGCAGGUAACUAUAACAGAAAUCAUCAAUAAUGCAUUUACAGUAAUGCUUUAUGUCCUACAGUCUGCUGGCCCCGAUAGUGUCAUGUUCAGUGAGAGCAGGUUCAGGGCCGACCUGGCUUAACAGUCAUAGAGACAUCAUUAUUGUCAGGGGUUGUGAAGCGUUGUUAGAUAUGUUUUUGCUUUAUCAUGUAGCAUUGACGUUGGCAAGCAUAUUUCUUAUAGCGUAGUGACAACCCUGCCCAUGUUCAGUCUCAUGUCACAAUAAUGAUGCCUUUAUUUUCUUCUUCAGCUAGGACCUUAACCCUUCCACCUUGUUCAGCAGAUGUUUAUCUAGUUGGUGUUAUGAAGAGUUGAAAUGUUGGAUUAUAUAACUAUUAAUAUAUGCCAUAAAUUAUUUAAUUUAACUGUCAGUUGAUAAAACUUUAUUGUCGAGAUGAGGCGGAGUUUAAAAGUAAAUGUAAUCCCUUCAGUUGCCCAUAAUGAUUGUAAAAUUGUUUUAAUGAUGACACCGUAGAGCUACAGGUUUAAAAUGUGUAUUCCCAGAGUUAGACUUAGUAAAACAAUAGUAUUAUCCUUCACUUUAUCCUUAUCUCCAAGGUCUUCAAGGUUACAGUUUUGACAGAAGCAUUCAGUCAUUAGUGGUCUUUCACUUGUUGCCUGGAAAUGGAAACUUAAUCUUUGACAUUGUUGGAUGUUGACAGGUAGUAGAUCUUCACCCAUACACGUAAGUGACUUUGGUGUGGCAAGAUAAACAAAAAUGUUCCUGACUUUCCUCCCUGUGGUUAAUGCCUCAUUUUUAUUAAAAUUUGUUAAUAGACUUUAAUUACAUACAUCCAUAUGUAAUUGGUCCAUAUGUAGAUCUACAACUUUGUUGAAAAUCACAGGCUUCUUGAGAGAGAGGCCCAUCUAUACCCAACUAUUUGUACGUGUAUAGUCGUCACUGGGAUAUGUAUAUCUACCAAAUAACCUCCUUUGUGCCACGGCAGGUCCAUGCAUGCCAUGCAUCACGCAUGUAUUUACCAUGAUCAAUAUUUGAGGUCAAUUUUCAAAAGAGUGUUACUUUUACUGGAGCUUCAUUUUUCCUGUUUUUGGAGGGACAUUAGUUAAAUUAAACAUUAUGUAUCUGGCCGUUGCAGGGAAUUUAAGGAAAAUGUUUGGCAAGACGAAAAGCAAUCUAGCACUAUGCUUGACCGUAUAAAGAGGCCAGUUUUGCUUUUGUAAACCACUCUGCAUCCAGAUCUCAGGGGUGGGUUGUACAAAUUGAAUAUAGCAUUGCAGAAUAUGUGUCCAUUUCCUGACUUGUCAUAGUGCAUUGUAUUUGUACUAACCUUUCCCUUUUUCAGUCAAUUCCUCCUUGUGUAUAGUGUAGAAAUGCUUAAAAAAAAGUGUAUAUUCUGCAUGUAAAAACAGCACUCUGUUCAAGUUCUCCUUGUCAGCUGACAAUGUACUGCACAAUUUGUGAAAGGAAAAAAAAUCAAUUUGAAUGUUUCAGGUUAAAAGAGCCCAUUAAAUUUAGUUUGUUUAAUAUUUAAUUACCAAUGAGGGGAAUACAAGUUUUGAUGUCCUCAUUUUAAAAACUGCCCAACUGUAAAUGGAAACGGGUGGCAAGUGAUCAGAUUUAGAGAAGGAUAUUAACAAACUAGUUUGUGUAUGGUAUUAGUGUGUUAUAUGCUUCAAAUAUUGCUUCUUGAACUAUAAAAAAGGCACUUACUGAACAGUACAAUUUAAAAAAAAAAAAAAAAAAGGAAUAUAUUUUCUAAUUUCUCCUUUUUCCAUAAAGUACUCAGUUUGAUCUUUUACAUCUAAAAAUAUAAUGGCAAUGGAUGAGUUUCGUAAAGCAGAAAAGAUUUAUUGUCAUUAAACUGGUCAAAUAAAAACUGCAACUCCACAUGUGAAAGUAAGAGAAUAAAAGAACAAACUGAAACAAA